CCUUCCAAUUUGAUUUUUCUAAUUUUUUGUAGGACGGAUCCAAGAAAAAGACAAUGGGGUUGACUACCACCGUUUUAGUAGUUAUAUUGCACAUUGUAUAUCAACCUCCGAUACCCAAUCGACUUCAAUGAACUUUGAUCGUAACCAUUUUUAAAAUGACAAAACCAUGAAAUACCAAUUAUUCGUAGCCCUUGGGGAAAGUAUAAUUCUGAAUCCGCUCAUGGGCUUCAUGCCAUACAUAUUUAAUGAAUCAAUAUAUCCAUUAGCACUACUUCAGUAAAAUGGUACAUCAAAUACAAGAAUACACGCCUUUUCUCUUGGGAAUCAAACAAUUAUAUGUAUAUCAAAUUCCAUUCUCUGACAAUGUCAACUCAGAUAUCCUACAAUGUGUGCAGCAGCUCAGUCAAUAAUUGUCCACAAUACAUGAUGUAAGUCAUGCUACCAUCAAUAUUACAAUUGUAAUUAGGCAAACUUAAAUAUGCAUUGUAGACGCAUAUAGAACACGCGUAUUAGAGAAUCGAGCAAUUACUGAUAUUAUAAUAUUGUUCCCUCUUUGGUAUACAUGUAGUUGAAACGUAUGUUACAUGUUAUCCAGUCGUGAAAAUGUUUGAAGUAAAUUUAAGAGGAACAAAGUUUUCCUCAAGUUCUACAGCGGUGCAGCAUCUUUUAGAAAACCUGUCAAAGAAAAAUCAAACAGAAAUUCUUGCGGACGGUAGUUACUCUUUAGACAGAAAUCCGUUAAUAUUUCAUUACAUUUUAGACUUCUAUUGUGAAGGCGAAUUUCAUCUGCCACGGAAUAUUUGUCCGGUGCAAGCACAGAAAGAGAUGGAAUUUUGGAUGAUUCCCAUGAAGGAAAUUCCUUUCUGUUGCUACGAAACAUUGCAUGACGACAAACAAACCGAGUACAAGGCGAUAAUUCUAGAUGAGGGCAGUAGUGAAGGAAAACAUCUCUUUACGUUAGAACGAACAGUCUACUCUAGCUCCUGUUCAUUAACCAACAUUCGAAGCAAACUUCUUCAUGCGCUAAAUCAUCCACUAGAAUCAUGGCUAGGAAAGAUAUGGUUGUUCAUCGUUGCAGUGUUUACAGCUGUAUCCAUUACCGUUUUCCUCCUGGAAAGUUCCGCUCUAUACCGUGUCCUCAGAAGUGGUCAUCCGAACAAUAAAACGUAUGAAUUGUUCGGCCACAACAAAAAGCUGCUCAAAAUUAUGAUUACCAAAACGUCCUAUGAAAUUGCAUUUGCAGAGCUUCUAUCCAACACUGUCCUUAUAUUUGAUUUCCUCCUGAGGUUCAGCAUUAGUCGCAAGAAAAAACAAUUUUGUAAAAGGCUUCAGAAUAUCUUGGAGUUUAUGACAGAGAUGAUUAUUUAUGCUUGCGGCAUAUUUGACUGAUUUUGAAGAGUCGGUAAAAGCCUUUUCGUACGAAGGUGCGUUCUGGCUGCAAGUUCUCUAUUCCCUCCGUGUAAUUCGAAUUUUUCGCAUAAUAGACACGAGUUCAGAAGUAAAAAUGUUGAAAUAGUAGAAAUGAAUUUUUACUGUUUGUAAUGGUUCUAAUAUCUUUCGCGUUUAUUUUUGGGUCAUGUAUAUUUUGGGCAGAAUUUCUAAAUCCCGAUACCUAUCCCAACAUUUUUAUCGGCAUCUGGUGGGCAUUUAUUACCAUGACGACUGUUGGGUAUGGUGAUUUCUACCCCCAAGACAACCUCUGGAUAUUUUGUAGGAGUUUUGACUUCAACUUUUGGUUUGAUACUCUUAACCAUGCCAAUAGCAACGAUAUCAUCCAAUAUCAGCAAGAUAUAUGAUUGUUACAAUUUUAGAAAAACUCAUUUGAA